AUGCCGGGCGCCCCUUCAGGCCUCCGGGGCCCGGCUCCUCCGCGCAGCCGGCUGGGGUCGCGCCCGGCUCUCUCCGGAAGCCCGCGCUGGCGCGGUCGCCUGCUCUUCACUUCAGCCCCAGAAGAGAAUAAGAGAAAAAAUAAAGUUUUUCCCCUUCCGCCCUCGUGUCUUUUUUUUUUUCCUCGCCCUCCUUCUGGUUUUCGCCUCCCUGACGUAAGCGUCUGCCCGCAGCGGAGGCGGGCGCCUGGGGGCCCUGGGCCCGCCCGGGGCAGGACGCACGCAGCCUGCGGUCUGCAGCCCCUGCCUCCGGGCCGACCGCCCCGCGGGCUCGGGCGCGGGGACAGUCGCGCCGGGGGCGGAGCCUCGGUGGCGCGGGGCCAGGCCCUGCAGGAGCGCCUUGGAGCUGCGCCAGCGGCGGGAGAGGGGGAGAAGGGGAGAGGGCCGCGGCAGGGCGGGCCUUUCGCGCUGUCCACCCAGAGGCGCCGGCGACCCCUGGAGCUGGCCGCCCUGGGCCGGGCUUUGCACCUCCGUGGCCAGCCUGGCUGCGCAGCUUCAGCCGCAGCGCGGGCUCCCUGCACCCGAGCGCGGGACCGCGCGGGCCGAGGAGGCGGGAGCCCCAGCGAGGGAGCGCGCAGGGGCUCCUGGGCCCCCAGCCUACCUUCCGCCGCCCGGCUCUCCGCUGCCCAGAAGGUCCAGGGUCCAGGCGGCGCCCUGGACCAAGAAGAAAAGGUGGAGGGAAGGCGAUGUGGCGUGGCAGGUUUUCCGGAAAGAGAUAGGCAAGGGCUGCAGUUCCAAUUUGGCUUUGCUUAGUCUCCCCUGUGACUGCAAAGCUGGGGGGACUCCCCAGUGACCAAAGAAACCAGGGCUGCAGGGGCCUAGACACCUGGGUGUCCACAAGGACCCUCCACUCCUCUGUGUGGCCUGAACAAUUCCUCUAGGGAGGAAAAGAAAGGAGAAGCUUGGGGCGAGAGCCUGG